AUGUCAUUCGCUGCUACCCUCUUUGCUGUCCCGCCGGAAAUUAUCCAGCAUAUUCUUGCUUUUUGUUACCCUUUAGAGGUCUCUGCAUUCUCCAGAACAUGUCGAGCAGCCUACUAUGUUGUAUAUUCCCUCAGUGAUCAGUAUCUCUGGAGGGAGCUUAUCAUUCAUCACUUCGACGACCCUCGCAAGUCCUUGCGAUGCGCGACAUCCUCAACGCCUCUUCGCUAUGACUGGAAGGCGGAGCUGCAGCGACGCAUGGUAUCUGCGUCCAUCGUAUUGAAUGCGCGUGAUAUCUCAGACGACCAGCUGAGAUUUGCCCUAGAAACAUUCAUAUCUAUCAUAGACGACGCUUCUCCCAUACCACGAAUCCAGGAUAUACAAGCGGUACCUUCAUGCGGUCUGCUUUGGCUUACUCGUCUCCUUCAUCGGUCCCAAAUACUGUACCGACAGCCCCCGCAGCAGUUGCAACAGCUAGUCGCCAGGCUAUCCGUUUAUUUCCUCUUCUCAGAUGUGGACGAAGAUGAAGAGUGUGCGCUCAUCACUUGGGGACAACGUACUGAAAGCAGAUGUUUCACGUAUGAUCUCCGCAAUUACAAUAUCGAUAAUAAUUGGGGGCCGUAUCUCGAAGAUGGAAGUGUGAACUGGCUUCAUAUCCGACAUCUCAUGACCGUCAUAUGGGCCAACCUCGCUGAUCUUCCUGAAAGAUGGAAGAUCGUGAGGCCUGCUGUUGGACUGGAGGCUACUCGGGCAUUCUCCGCUCCAAACAUAUCUGGUCAGCGGGACUGGGCCGGAGUUGAGGGUACUUGGAGGCGUUACGUCUGUUUCAUGGACUACCGGUUUGUCAUUCCAUUUUGCUAUUUCUCCAAUGUGUUUCGUGGACCUAGAAAUAAAGCGUACUUCACGGAAAAUGUUCGCUUUCGAGAAGCAACUCGACUCAUAGAAGUGAAGCUGAAGGUCGUUGCCCGUGAUAAGCUGGAAGGUAGCAACACGGAUGACGACUCUACAGCCCAUAGCCCGCUGUAUCCACCGUUGUACUUCAACGGAAUUUCGCGUGGAGUGGACGGGAACAAAUCUGUAAUCGAAGGGAUGGUCAAAAUGGGCAAUGACGGAAUUGUCCGUUAUAAAUUUUGUGAAAAGGUUUCCAUCCAUGACGGCACGACGCAGUGGAGUUCGGAAGGUGUUCAGGUUGGCAGUGUUGCGAGUGCCGCAGGUGUCGUCGGCGCUUGGACGACAACCGUUCAUGACCAAGGUGCGUUCUGCCCAUUCUGGUUGUGGAAGGUCAGUGACGAUUUUCCUACCGAUGCUGUGGUGGAUUAUAUUUGA